GCUGCCAAAAUGCCCGAGCCGGCCAAGUCCGCCCCCGCGCCCAAGAAGGGCUCCAAGAAGGCGGUGACCAAGACGCAGAAGAAGGGCGACAAGAAGCGCAAGAAGAGCCGCAAGGAGAGCUACUCCAUCUACGUGUACAAGGUGCUGAAGCAGGUGCACCCCGACACGGGCAUCUCGUCCAAGGCCAUGGGCAUCAUGAACUCCUUCGUCAACGACAUCUUCGAGCGCAUCGCGGGCGAGGCGUCGCGCCUGGCGCACUACAACAAGCGCUCCACCAUCACGUCGCGGGAGAUCCAGACGGCCGUGCGCCUGCUGCUGCCCGGCGAGCUGGCCAAGCACGCCGUGUCCGAGGGCACCAAGGCUGUCACCAAGUACACCAGCUCCAAGUAG